UCGAAUAAUCUUUGUAACUUGAUGCAUACAAUUCAAUUCAUGGAUAUUCUGUUUUCCGCCAAUUUUGGUUAAACCAAUGACUGGCAGUGAUUCUUCAAUGUGUGAUCUUGACAUUAAGUCAUCAUUGACAAGUCAUCAUCAAGACAAUCAACAAAAUCAAUUGUUUCAUCAUAUACCACCUGCCAAUACUAUAAGUGCAAUUACUUCCGAUGUUAUUCACAAAACUGAUUAUACUCACAAGGAUACUGAGAAUGAUGAUGAUGAUGAUGAUGAUGGUAGUGAUAAUAUCAUGAAAGAUCAGUCGUCUAGGAACAAUUGCAUUGAUGAUGAUGACCUUGAUGAAAAUUUAGUUGAUGACGGGGAUGCAGAUAUUGUUGAUGUUGAAGAGAAGGAGGAGGAGAAAAAUAGAAGUCUAAAGCAUGAAAGUCCUCAAGGCUCAAUACCAAUUACUACUAAUGUGCCUAGUUGUUUCCAGUCAACUCGUGGUAAUACAGUCCCGCCAUUUCUACCUAUUUCUGCUACACAUGAUGGUCGAUAUGAAUGGCCACCAUCAUCAACAACAACACUAACAAGAAAUUUAAAUUUACCGGCAAAUACAUUUUCAACUCAAACAACAUCAACAAUGAACAGUGAUCAAUUUAUUCAGGGGAAUAAUACAAAUAAUAAUAAUAAUAUGAAUGAUAUGCAUGAUGAAACAAGAAAUCAAAUGAUGCGUAGUAAUAGUAGCAAUAAUAAUAAUAUCUGUGAUUUUAAAUCGAUGCUUCCUACCAUUAAUAAUGUCAAUAAUAAUAAUAAUCAUAAUAGUAUUAGUAACAUUAAUAAUAUGGAUGAAACGAAUGGAACAAAUCAUCGAAAUGCAUCACUAUUUCCAAAUGAGAAGCCAAUGGAUACGGAUCAACAAAAAAGUAAUAAAUUGGAAUGUUCAUCAUCAGAGGCUAAUAUAGUUGCAGCCGCUGCAGCAUUGAAUGCUGUACGUAGAUGGUUCACCAAUAAUAAUAAUACAUCCUCCUUAACAAAUAAUGAAAAUCUAUUAAAACCUGUAUGGAAUGAAAGUAUGAAAUCAAUGAGCACAGAUAGAAAUCCGAUGAAUUUAAUGUGUCAAUCAAGCAUUCUGUCAAAUUCACCCUUUAACACAUUAUUACUUCCACCGUCAACUGUUCCUUCACUUCAGAAUGCAUCCCCCGUUCAUCAACUGCCAACAUCAAUGCCUAGUCAUCAGCAUCAACAACAGCAGGCAAAUCAGCCACUGCAAUAUCCACAUCAUCCGCAUUAUGGACCAUUUUUACACCGUGGACAUCAUAGUAGUGGAUAUAUACCGAAUUAUUCAGCGCCGAUAUUACGCGGUGGUAAAAAGCGGUCACAUUCACAGUCAUCGGUGAAUGAAUUAUUUGAUAUAUCAAGUUUAACAAGAAGUUCACAAGGUUCAUUAUAUAUUAUGCAAUCAAUACGUGGUUCACAUAGUAUGGGACAAAGUGGAGAAGGCUCGUAUGGUCAUUUAUCUGCUGCAUCCCUUGGUGCUAGUCCUGCAGCCUCAUGUGAUAUUCGUCGUACACUUAGCAGUAGUAAUGGUAAUUCAGCGCAUACAGCUCCACCGACUUCAUUCAGCGAUAGAUCACCUUUCUGGUCGCCUAAUUCACCUCAUUCAAUAGGAAGUGGAAAUGGUGCUAUUGGAUUUGAUAAUUAUCAAAUAAAUUCGCAUAAAUCACUUCCUUUGCCGCAUGUUUUACAGUCAUAUCAUCAACAGAAUUCAGGACGUACAUCUACAAGUGGUGGUAGUAAUCGUUCAACAGGCAGUAGUUUAAAUCGUGCCCCGUUUGGACACUUGGCAGUUUUAUCCUCAUCAAAUACACUGAAUAAACAGCUACAGCAACAACAACAGCAGCAGCAAUCAUUAGAUUCCAAUUCUUCUUUGUUCAACUGUUCAAUGGAUCCUAUGAAGAAUUUAUCAAGUAAUCCUUGUCAUGGGAUAACACCAUCGUGUAGAGCAUUGACGUUAUCCAAUAGUAGUACUACUAAUAAUAAUGCUACUGCUAAUAGUAAUAAUGUAUUACAAUCAGCUAUGGCUUUUGCAGCAGUCGCAGCCGCAGCGGCUGUCGGCUCAUCUACUUCUCCGUUUAUGAAUAUAACAGAAAGAGAAAAUACAUCGUCAAUGGAUAAAUUUAUAUCAGAAAAUAAUAAUAAUAACCUACCUCAAAAUCCGUCUAGUGGAUGUGAACUGUCAUGUACACCAGUAACGCUUCCUAGCAAUAGCAGUAAUCCUGUAGGAGGUUACGGAUCCGUCAAUUCUAUGUGUAAUAAUCUAAUUUCAUCCUGCUUUACAAAACCGUCAAUUUCUUUAGCCAACACUCCUAAUAAUAAUAAUAACAUAUUAUCAAACAAUACUUCUUCAGCUAAUUAUGGAAAUAUCUCCCCAAAUAAACUAAUGAGUUAUGAUGACGUUUACAUGGAUGUAGUGAAUAAAGACAGUAAUCAACAUGGUACGGUGAGAAAGCAUUCCUUCUCCUCUUCACCUUUGCCGCCUCCACUACAUCUUACUCCGCUUUCACAUCCUUUAUUACCGUCAUCUUAUCAGUCGUCUACUGUACUCGGCAAUCAAACCAAUCAUAUCAGUUUGAGUAAUACUAAUAAAAUGAAUGCAACUCCUGCUAAUAGUAAUAAUAAUAGCAGUAUUACUGGUAAUGUUAAUAUCCCCUCACCAUUUAUGUAUCCUUUACAUUGGCCUUUUGAAUCUGCACCGACACCUGAAUGGCCAUAUAAAUGGUUAAAUAAUAAUAACAAUAAUAAUCAUACGAACAAUGCAAAAUGUUCAACUAAAUCCAAUGAAACUGCUACACGCAAAAAUGGACGCUUAAAAGCUAAUCAAAUGGAUUUCUGCUCAACAUUAUCAAGAACAGAUAUGUCGAAACUAAGCCAGAAUGAAAAUAACACUAGUAAUCAUAACUAUUUAAUGAGUGAUACAAAUAAUCUUCAGUGUCCAACACUAACGAAAGAUCUUUUAAAACAACACUGUUCCGUGAAUAACUUAGGUAAUGAUAAUAAUAAUCCUAAUAUUGUGAAUAACAUUUUUCCACAACAUCAACAAAAUAUGGGAAGAAGACUCAGUGAUAAUUCGUCGAAUCAUAUGCGUAGUGUUAAAAGUUCUAAUCGUGGAUGUAGAACAACAACAGCAACAACAACAACAGUAGGAGCACCAACUGCAUCUUCAUCAUCGUCAAUAGCAACGCCAACAAUAUUUAAACAAGAAACAAUUGGACAUUCAACAAAAUGGCAAGGUCAAGAUGUAGUUAUGAAUCGUAGAAAUUCAACACGUGAUUCUAGUAGUCAUAAUGAUAAUAGUAACAAUAAUAAUAAUAAUAAUGGUGGAGGUGGACAUUGUUCAGUUGAUGAACCUGAAGGAGAUGAAGAUGAAGAAUUGGAUGAUGAUGGACGUGUUCCACAGGAAGGUGAUCCAGAUUUUGUUGAGACAACAUGUCGAUGGGGUGAUUGUACAUUACAAUUUGAUGAUCAAGAUGAACUUGUGAAACAUCUUAGCAAUGAACAUAUAGCAGGGAAUAAAAAGAGUUUUAUUUGUUUAUGGCGUGAAUGUGUUCGUGGAACUAGACCAUUCAAAGCUCAAUACAUGCUUGUUGUACAUAUGCGAAGGCAUACAGGAGAGAAACCGCAUAAAUGUAUAUUUGAAGGUUGCACAAAACGUUAUUCACGACUAGAAAAUUUAAAAACACAUCUACGAUCACAUACCGGAGAAAAACCGUAUCAAUGUGAAAUCCCUGGAUGUAAUAAAGCGUUUAGUAAUGCAUCAGAUAGAGCUAAACAUCAAAAUCGAACGCAUAGUAAUGAAAAACCAUAUACGUGUAAAGUUGACGGUUGUUCAAAACGCUAUACAGAUCCUAGUUCUUUAAGAAAACAUGUGAAAACAGUUCAUGGGGCUGAAGUAUAUGCCAAUAAGAAACAUAAAGGUGAAAGUUGGAGUGAUCGACCAUGCGGCGGGGGAUCAAAUUUUGGUAGUGGCCAUUUUUUCGGUAGUGGGAAUGAUAAUUCUUCACAAGAGAAACGAUCGAAUGGUUCAAUGCCUGGUACACGUGGAAGAUUUGCACCACGUGGAAUGCAUGACAGCAACAGCAACAACAACAACAACAAUUCAACAUUUCAUCGUGGAGGUUAUGCAAAUCGUGAACAACGUCCAUCUUCAUCGAACACAAGAGAUGCUUGUCUGGCAUGUCUUAGCAGUCCAAUGCGUACAGAGUCAGUCAAUCCUGUUGAUGUGAAUACUGAACACACUAUGGCAGAGUAUCAAAAUUCAGAAUUUCCAAGAUUCUCUAGACGAUUUGGUACACAUUUUCCGGGUAGAAAUACUCCACAUAUGAAUUGGAAUUUAUCUGAAUUCACUGAUCAAAAUAUGAACUCCUCUAACGUGUUGAUGAUGACCUCUCCACCGGUAACAUAUAACAAUCAGAGUGAUCAUUAUUUUACUAAUCUUAAGUGUGAACAUUCCAUUUAUCCAAAUUAUUUUGAUUUCACUCGAAAUAUAAUCGAUUCCGGGGGGAAUGCCAACUUGAUGACACCAUCUUGGAUAUCAUCAUCAACAUCAUCGUUAGCUAAAUCAUCACGUGAUAAUUUGUAUUUUCCAAGUACCGAUAGUGAUGGAGUCGUGGGAGGAGUAGUAGGCAGUGAUGAGCACAAAAAUUCCACUGUUCAUUCAAAUACUAAUCUACUAUCACUGACAUCGCAUUCUCUUCCUAUCACUCCACACUCUGAUAAGUCAUUAGAAGAUUCUUAUCAGUUAUUAAAUGGUAAACAAAAGAUUGUCUAUCCUACUUCGAUAAUAAAUGAGGAUUAUUCAAUCUGUACUCCUUCUUCUACUGUUGCUACGAUUACUACUACUACCAGUACUACUACAAGACAAAUGGGUUAUAACCAACCAAUAGAAUUAUGCUCUUACGGCACCUCAGAUCGGUCCUUGAAGGCAUCAACUGUGAAAUCGGAAUCAUCAUCGAACUGGAAGUAUUCGACAUCAUUUCAUGAUAUGAGUAAAUAUCAACAGUAUGAGAAUUCAUCAACUUCUUAUUUUAAUGAAGAUGGUAUAAAAAGGCAAACAACUGCAAACUUGCCAAUUUCUUCAGAAUAUCCUUCAGAUGCUCAAUUAAAAUUAAAAUCAAAUGAUGAUCAAAUGUUAGUUCAUUUAAACAAACCAACCAUUGACAAUGAACAGUUGAAUGAAAUGUCAACUAUAACAACAAAUUGUUUUGAUUUGCCGAAAAAAUGGAAAAUUGAAGAUACAAUGAUGCCGCUUAAAAAUAAUAAAAUAAUUCAUGAUAAUCAUAGAAAACAAUUCAAUGAGCUGUUAGAAGAAUCAUCUUUAGAGGUGAAUAAAAUACAGCAGAUUUCGAAUAGUGAUAAUAACCAUACUACUAGCAAUAACAAUUCAGUAGUAAGCAGUAUUUAUGAUGAAAAUAUUAUUGGACAGAAUUCUCAAACCUGUGAAAUGGACUGUUCAACUCCUCUUGGUGUCAUACAUCAAGAGAACUGUUUAACGACUGAACUUUGGGAUUCAGAGAGUGCAACUGCUUCAUCUGGUAUUGGAUCUGGUGUGACGACCAAUACAGGAUCAGAUAAUAAUAAUGAUCAUAUCCGACACAAUCCCAGAAAACCUAUGCAUUCACAUAAAAGUAAUUCAAAUCAUAAUAACAGAAACAAUAAUGAUAACACUGUAAAUAAUAAUACCACUAAUCCCAACACGCAUGAUCAAAUCUUAAAAACACCCCGUAGAAAUCUUAAUCCCAGUGGUAAUGGUUUAUACGAAAGCUCAUUAAAUACAGACGUACAUAAUACAAAUGCUACUGCAUCCAAUGGAGUCCCUUCUCAGACAUACACAUCCUACUCUUCACAAAACAGUAACGGUUUAACGCAUUCUAUAUGCAACUGUUUACAAGGUCAACAACAAAACCACAGACAAGAAGAUAAUUUGCAUCAGCUGUGUCAUGAACAAAUUAUUACUGAUCCAUCCUCAACAGAUAUGCAUACACCAUCUCAAUUAGAUCUAGAACAGCUUAGUUCAACAAGUUCUCAAGUAAGCAGUGGUGUUGGAUCGAUGAGUUCAUCCAAUACUGGAAGUGGUUAUAACGGGACUAAUACAAAUAUAGAUAAAGGGAAAACAAACAUGGAAAACGCUGGUCAUUUCAAUAGUAAUAAUAAUUAG